AGUAAAGCGCAUCUGAAGCCAAACCCGAAAGAGAUCACGCACUCGCUCGACUGAAACUGAACCCUGAACAAGCCUAGAAAUGGCGAACCGCACGCCAAAGUUGCUUCUGGUACUGUCUCUGCUCUUCGCCAUCGUGUCGAGCUCGAAAGGCUCGCUCUUGCCCUUCAUGGAAGGGACCGCCCGGCCGGGCAGUCUCAUAGGCAGCCUCCUAAGCGAUCCCUUCUGGGCCGACCCAUUCCGGGUCCUGGAGCAGGUCCCGUUCGGGGCAGACCGGCUCCUGAGGGAAGCUGCCGAGGCUCCGGCGCCGGCGAGGGUGGACUGGAAGGAGACACCGGAGGGGCACGUGAUAAGGAUGGACGUGCCUGGGCUGAAGAGGGAGGAGAUCAAGAUCGAGGUGGAGGAGAACCGGGUGCUCCGAGUGAGCGGCGAGAGGAAGAGAGAGGAGAAAGAAAAGGAAGGGGAUCACUGGCACCGGGUGGAGAGGUCGUAUGGCAGGUUCUGGAGGCAGUUCAGGCUGCCGGAGAACGUCGACUUGGACUCUGUGAGGGCGAAGCUAGAGGACGGCGUGCUGACAGUGACGAUGGCCAAGUUGGUCCCCGAGAAGAUCAAGGGUCCGAGGGUGGUCGGCAUCGAGGGAGAAGCAGGGGCAGAGCCACCCAAGAUCAAGAGUGACGCCAAGCAAGAACUGUGAGAGAACGAACAAGUUUUUUUGUUGUGAACAGUUGUGUACGUGUUAAAUCAAAUCUCGCUUGCUGAGCUUCCACGAGCGCCCGUGUGCAUGGUGCUGUAAUAAAGAGUUGUGAUGUCUGUACUCUUAUUCUCCAUAUCAAAAGUUUUCUGAAGCAUAUGAUAAUGUGUGGUGCU